AUGAGCGACCUGAGAGAACGCCUGUCACGGUUGGGUCUUGCCCAAUAUGUCGAGGUCUUCGUGACAGAGGGAUUUGACAUUUGGGAAACUGUACUCGACAUUACAGAGUCGGACUUAAGCCAUAUGAACGUCAAACUUGGGCACAGAAGAAAACUCCAACGAGCCAUCGCCGAAUCAAGAGGGCAAUCUCCAGGCCGGCCCUUGACGACCGCGCUUGCUGGAGGAGCCAGUGCUGAGAGCAAUUUCCGUAGCGACGACUCAGCGACCGAGAGCAAGGCCAAGCAAAGACACAAUGCAUUAGAUGGGUCUGUUGGCACAAGCACGAAGCGCAAAUACAGGCGACAUCCGAAGCCCGACGAAAAUGCUCCCGAGCGACCUCCGUCGGCCUAUGUUAUUUUCUCCAACCAGGUCAGAGAGCUUCUGAAAGGACAAGACCUAUCCUUCACCGAAAUCGCCAAGGUUGUUGGUGAACGAUGGCAGGUCUUGCCAGCAGAGGAACGCGAUGCUUGUGAGCGUCAAGCCAACAGCGCAAAAGAAAAACACUAUGCAGGGCUUGCCGAGUACAAGAAGACACCCCAGUAUGAAGCGUACCAGAAGUAUCUUGAAGACUUCAGAGCUAAACACAAUGCGCCCACGAAGGAAGGUAAAAGAUCUAAGUUGGAGACAGAGGCGAUUACGUCAUCGAUUCGAAACAAUGGCCACGAAGAACAGGAUCGAGCAGUGAACAGGAGGUUUAGCAUAGCCAUGACAGAUUCUCCUGCUGGGCGGCAUAGUUCAGGGUCCACCCCUCCGACCAUGCCUGCGCGCCUUCCAGCUGGAGCGUCGUACCCUUCGAAACCGAAUUCGCCAGCUUCACACUCCAUGUCCGCCUUGAACUCACCGCGAGGUGGCGAGCUUUACUCACCAGUCUCCGCAUCGCCACAGUCGAACGCUUUGCACAGAGAUACAUUACUCGAAGCAUCUUCUGGUCAUCUGGCACGAGAAGGGAGAGGGACUCUGGAUCUUUCUGCACCAUACCAUCAUUCGCUAUACCAUCACUCGCAUCUGCCGCCUUCGAACAUGACAACGCCAAUGAAUCAUUACGCUCCACACUAUCAGAGUUUUGUCGACCUGCCAUCACGACGGUCAGCAAGGGAGCCCGGAACGCACCUUCCAGGUCUUUUACACGAAGACACAUCAUUGUCUUCUGAGAGCAAUCACAGCAAUCACAGUCUACUGCCGACUGCGCAGCCCGGUCCAAUGGACCCAACAAAGUCACUCAGGAUGCUCCCACAACCCGUGCCCAGUAUUGGACCCGCUCAACCACCGGUGAACCGAGCACUACCCCAUGCGCCAUCUGUACCGCCUGCGCUUAUGCAAUUGCAGCCAACCGACUACCGGGCUCAGGGAUCUUUUGCUGCCCUUGUCAGGGCGGGGGAGAUUGCAGCACGGGUUGCAGAUGGGGAUCAGGCGAAGAAGGAUGAUUCCCUGUAA